AUGGCGGCCAAUUCCCUCUACAAUAUCUACCGGCUGGCCAUCCCGGCCGCGGCAGGUGUGGCGCUCUUCAACUCCUCCAUCUACGACGUCAAGGGUGGUACACGAGCCGUCAUCUUCGACCGGGUUAGCGGAGUCCAGGAGAAGGUUGUGGGUGAGGGCACGCACUUCCUCAUCCCUUGGCUGCAAAAGGCUAUCAUAUACGAUGUGCGGACGAAACCGCGCAAUAUCUCCACGACUACGGGAAGUAAGGACUUGCAGAUGGUGAGCCUGACGUUGCGAGUUCUGCAUCGUCCGGAAGUGCCGAGGCUGCCGCAUAUCUACCAGUCCUACGGCACAGACUACGACGAGCGUGUCCUCCCCUCCAUCGGCAACGAAGUCCUGAAAGCCAUCGUGGCCCAGUUCGACGCCGCAGAACUCAUAACACAGCGAGAAGCCGUCUCGAACCGGAUCCGGAGUGACCUGUUGAAGCGUGCGUCGCAGUUCAACAUCGCCCUGGAAGAUGUCUCCAUCACCCACAUGACCUUCGGCAAGGAGUUCACUCGAGCCGUCGAACAGAAGCAGAUCGCCCAGCAGGAUGCCGAACGGGCUCGGUUCAUCGUCGAGCGUGCCGAACAGGAGCGUCAGGCUAACGUUAUCCGCUCUGAGGGUGAGGCUGAAAGUGCCGAUAUCAUCAGCAAGGCUGUUGCGAAGGCUGGUAGUGGCUUGAUUGAGAUUCGUCGUAUCGAUGCUCGGAAGGAGAUUGCACAGACUCUGGCGAAUAACCCCAAUGUUACCUAUUUGCCCGGUGGUGAUGGGAAUGGGAGCCAGGGUAGUAAGGGGACUGGUUUGUUGCUCGGUCUGAGGGGCUAG